GAGUUUUGGUCGUUUGCACAUUAAUGUGCUGAAAAAAUAAUAAGAACGCGUUGACGUUCCCUGGCGUUUUGAGCCCGUUUGAAGAGUUGUUGCAUCGCUCUUGCAACGUCCCCGAGUUUGCGGUCGCCAUGGCGACGUGGUCCAUCACGCUUCAGCAGCCCGCCAACGAGCGAGCGACCUUGCAGGUGUUUUUGUGCUGCUUCCCUGGGGAAUUAGCCCCGCCCCCCCCCGUGGACAAGUUCUAACAAGCAGAGUGGGGGGUGGGCGGGAGGGUCUUUUGUCACAUCGCCUCCCACGGCCAAUCCCGGACCAGGACCGGGAGAUGCGCGAUGCUGGAGGGAUUCCGAGAAAUUGGUCGUCCUCGCCGGCGACUGAUCAUCACCCAGGCUCCGCCCCCAAGGUCCCCUCUCUCUCUCUCUCUCUCUCUCUCUCUCUCGCUCUCUCCGUCAGAGCGCCACUGCCUGCCCACCUCCAGAUGCCUCCGCCUCCCCACCAGGAAGGUGCGCUCGCCGCCGUCUGCCAGCAAACGCCAGUGUGACGGUAGGACUGGAAGGACCCCGUCAGAGCGAACAUAUCCGGCGCUUCGCAACUCGACACCCGGCCGGGCCCCCCUAUCCGCCCCCCGCCCCCCUUCGCUCACACACGCAGCCCCCUCACUGCUGGGAUUGGGAACAAGAGAGAAAGCCAGCCAGCCAGCCGGCGCUCCCGGGAAGACGAGACAGCUGCCAGGCUCGGCAAGAUGAACGAGAGUCGGAGGGAAGCGCUGGCGGCGGCCCCCGCGCCCACCGCCGCCUCCUCCUCCUCCUCUUCCUCCUCGUCCAACACCACCAACGUGGCGGGCAGGCCCGGCGCCGGACCCAAGGACGAGGCCUUCUCCAAACUCAAGGACAAAUUCAUGAACGAGCUCAACAAGAUCCCAUUGCCGUCGUGGGCCGUCGUGUCCAUCGCCUUCGUGGCCGUCAUCCUGGUGCUGGCCUGCUGCUUCUGCGUGUGCAAAAAGUGGAUCUUCAAGAAGAAGAACAAGAAGAAGGGCAAGGACAAAGGCAAAAACGCCAUCAACAUGAAGGACGUCAAGGACGGGGCCAAAACCGAGGCCUUGAAGGAUGAGGAGGACGCCGAGACAGGCCUGACGGAAACGGAGAAAGAGGUCGAGCCCAAGGAGGAGCAGAAACUGGGCAAAUUACAGUACUCGCUGGAUUACAAUUUCACCGAGAACACGCUGAUCGUAGGGAUCAUCCAGGCGGCCGAGCUUCCCGCCAUGGACAUGGGCGGCACGUCCGACCCGUACGUCAAGGUCUACCUGCUGCCCGACAAGAAGAAGAAGUUUGAGACCAAAGUCCACCGCAAGACUCUCAACCCCGUCUUCAACGAGCAGUUCACCUUCAAGGUUCCCUACGUGGAGCUGGGCGGGAAGACGCUGGUGAUGACGGUGUACGACUUCGACCGCUUCUCCAAGCACGACGCCAUCGGCGACAUCAAGGUGCCCAUGAACAAGGUGGACUUCAGCCACAUCACGGAGGAGUGGCGAGACCUGCAGAGCGCCGAGAAGGAGGAGCAAGAGAAGCUGGGCGACAUCUGCUUCUCCCUGCGCUACGUGCCCACUGCCGGCAAGCUCACCGUGGUGGUCUUGGAGGCCAAGAACCUGAAGAAGAUGGACGUGGGCGGCCUGUCAGAUCCGUACGUGAAGAUCCACCUGAUGCAGAACGGCAAGCGUCUGAAGAAGAAGAAGACCACCAUCAAGAAGAACACGCUCAACCCGUACUACAACGAGUCCUUCAGCUUCGAGGUCCCCUUCGAACAAAUCCAGAAGGUGCAGGUGGUGAUCACGGUGCUGGACUACGACAAGAUCGGCAAGAACGACGCCAUCGGCAAAGUGUUUGUGGGCCUGAACAGCUCGGGCACGGAGCUGCGCCAUUGGUCCGACAUGCUGGCCAAUCCCAGGAGACCCGUCGCCCAGUGGCACGUGCUCAAGCCCGAGGAGGAGGUGGACGCGCAGCUCUCCACCAAGAAAUAGGCAGGACCCCCCGGGACCCCCCGCCCGUCGCCGCCUCCGCGCGCCUGCCUUCUUGUAUAGCCGGGGUGGGCAAAGUAUGGCCUG